CAAGCUUAUAAACCUGUUUUAAAUUGAUACUUAGUUUCAAACAAAUAAAAACGUGUUUUAAGUAAUUGCACGUUUGUUGUUUGCGACUUAUUGCAACGUACAGUGGUUGAACAAGAUGUCAGAUUAGUUAACUUGUUAAAGUGUGUUCAUUCAAUUUACUAUUCAGUUACGUUUUUUUAGAUAAAUGAAGAUAAGUGAUUGAGUUUCUUUGACUAUUUAGAGGCAUAUUUUAAAGAUACAAAAAAAUACAUUUUGUCUGCUGAACUAAAAAUAUGGAAGAGAGCUUUGAAAAGCUGAAGAAUAUUGUUUUUCGUAGAGAAAAAGAACCAAUACGAAUUGUUGUGCUUGGAUCACCUGGCGUCGGAAAAACCGCAUUAAUUAUCCGAUGCCUCACAAACCAGUUUUUCAAUCAUUAUGUUCCGGGGAAGGAGGAGGCGUACAAAUACACUGUCAAUGUUGGUGCUAACAAGGCUCAACUUGACAUCAUGGAUUCAAAGGGAAAAAAUACCGCGUUGAUCUCUCACGCAGACGCUGUUAUUCUCGUUUAUUCAGUUAUUGAUAAAGAGAGCUUUGAAAACAUAAAAACUCUUAUAAAAAAUGUACGAGACUUGAAUUUAAACAACAUUCCAAUUAUAGUUGUAGGAAACAAAAACGAUCUUCCUAAAAAGCGUCAAGUUAGUAAGACUGAUGCUGGAUUAUUAUCAGCAUCGUAUAAUGUUAAAGUAUUUGAAAGUUCUGCUGCGGUUCCAGUGCACGACGUAAGGAAUAUCUUUGCUGAAGUUUGCCGUCUUGUUUUUGAGGAGAAAAAAGAAAGAAGAGAGAGUGAUCCUACCGACCCGCUUCGAAGAAUGACAUUAAAUGACAUUACAAGAAAAAACUCUUUAUCGCUUGACUCUACUGAUUUUAUCAAACUUGUAUUGUGACCAAUAUUUACUAAUAUUUAAGUUAAUUUUCAUAACGUUUAACAGAUCCUGAAAAAGAAAGCGAUUUGCAAACGAGAUUUUUUUCAUCUAAUAAAGUCGUCAAACAAAGAAAUCGUUUUUGAAGAGCUGUUGAAAUCAGGAUGAUUUGAACUCCAAAUGUUGAUGAACAAAAGUUAAAUUAAAAGCAUGGAUGACGGGUUUUAAAUUUUCUAUUGUGUAUAUAAAAAUUGUAAAUACCUUUUUAUUAAAAUAGAAAUUAGAGGAUUAGUUUUUUACUAACAAUUCACACUA